GACACUCCACUCUUUGAGGCUGCAAGAAAUGGUCACACUGAUAUUUUUCGUGAGGGCACUCCGCUCUCUGAGGCUGCAACAAACGGUAACACUGAUAUUGUAAGGUUGCUCAUAGAGAAUGGAGCUGAUGUGAACGAAGGAGAACGGAACACUCUAUUCAGUAGGGCUGCAAGAAAUGGUCACACUGAUAUUGUAAGGCUGCUCAUAGAAAACGGAGCUGAUGUCAACAAAGGAGGACGGUUUCUUCAGGGCACUCCGCUCUCUGAGGCUGCAAGACAUGGUCACACUGAUAUUAACACUCCACUGUGUGAGGCUGCAAGAAAUGGUCACAGUGAUAUUGGAAGGUUGCUUAUAGAGAACGGAGCUGAUGUCAACAAAGCAGCACAGAAGACUCCACUGUGUGAGGCUGCAAGAAAUGGUCACACUGAUAUUGUAAGGUUGCUCAUAGAGAACAAAGGAUGGGCCACUCCACUCUUUGAGGCUGUAAGAAAUUGUCACACUGAUAUUGUAAGGUUGCUUAAAGAAAACGGAGCUGAAUUCAACAAAACAUUAUGGUGGACUAUUAACAUCGAGUCCCCUGAAGGGCGCCUGCGUAGAAAGUUCGUACCUGGUGCCAGGCAUGUCAAUUGGUUCGUUCCUACUUGUGCUUUGUUCCAAAAGAUUAACUAUAGCAGGCUGAAAAACAGUGAUAACUCCAGUUAG